AUGACCCGAGUCCGACACAACUGGCUCCGGCCGACUCUCCCCAAAGAGCGCAUGCUAACCACGAGGUCCGGAUAUUGGCAGUGGAUGAGACAUGGAUGGGCCAUGGCCGCACUGCCGCGUUUCUCGUCCCCGUCACUGCCACAACCAGAUCCGAGCAUAACAGGGACAACCCACCUGGCCCAAGGUCCAAGGGACGACCCAUACGCACGCGGCCCUAACAUCGUACUUCUAUUCACGCCUGCGACACGACACUAUCCCUUCAACUUCCUACAAGUUGGCUCUUUAAAGGCACUGCGCCCUCCCGCCAAUCCUCGCACCCUCGAUGACUGCUCUCAGCUCAUGUACUACCUGACUUUUGACGUCGAAACAGCAUCGGUCCUUGCUGCUGGCUGCUGCCGAAAAUCGACACUAGCACGACCCCGUUUGCCUAGAGUUACAGGGCGAUCCCAGAACCCCAACCUGGCCAAAGACAAAGUCCCCAGAAUAGCUCACCACUUUAUGCCAGGGAACAUCGGAUCUCAGGACAAGUGUGCUUUUCUUUUUGUCCGAGGCAUGCCUUUAUGUUACCUUCUCCACGGCCUCCGAGUCUGUGCCAACGAAUACUUCCGCGCUCCAAAGUUGAGGGUUCCCUGA